AUGGCCGCUCAGUCCAAGCUCCUUCCCCCCGAACGAUCCGUUAAGCAGAUCUUCUCUAGCCUAACAGCCCUAUACCUGCGCCACCGUACUGGAAUCUCUCGCACAGUCUAUCUCUCCCUCUUUGCGGCUUUAGCGAAGCGCAUUCAUAAUGCCAUCUCCGAACAAAAAGCCGCGUCCCAGCAACAAGUCGAGCUGCGGAGGCGCCCAGGCACCAGCAGUCUUGGGGAUGGUGGCGACCGACCGCGGAAAAAGGUUGGCAUCAACCGCGAAUUCUUUCGGAAUCUACUUCGGUUGCUCAAGAUCGUGAUCCCCGGGUGGCGGAGCAAAGAGCUACGGUUACUAGUCGGUCACAGUGUCUUCCUAGUGCUCCGAACAUUGCUCAGCUUAUAUGUCGCCGAGCUAGAUGGGAGAUUGGUCAGCAACCUAGUUAGAGGGAGGGGGAAAGACUUUCUACUGGGACUUGUGUGGUGGAUGAUUGUUGCCGUACCGGCGACUUUCACGAAUUCCAUGCUUUCUUAUCAUCAAUGUAAACUCGCCCUCAAUUACAGGAAGCGCUUGACGGAUUACAUCCAUGACAAGUACUUGAGCAACAUGACCUUCUACGCCAUCUCUGCUCUGGAUGAUCGGGUCAAGAACCCCGAUCAGCUCAUUACUGUAGAUGUGUCUCGUUUCUCUGAUAGCCUGGCAGAGCUCUAUUCCAACCUCGCCAAACCGAUCCUAGACAUGGCAAUUUACAAUUAUUCCUUGUCGAAGAGUGUGGGCGGAGAAGGACUGUUUAUUAUGAGUCUAUUGGUUCAAUUAUCAGCUAACGUCAUGCGUGCACUUACGCCACCAUUCGGAAAAUAUGUUGCGGACGAAGCUCGCUUGGAAGGAGAAUUCCGGUUCCUUCACUCCAGGCUGAUCGACUACAGUGAAGAAGUUGCCUUGUAUCACGGCCAUGAGGCCGAAAAGGAUACUCUGGACAAAGGUUAUUUCACGCUGAUCAAGCAUGUGAAUCGCAUCCUGCGGAGACGCUUAUACCAUGGCUUCAUGGAGGACUUUGUUAUCAAGUAUUUCUGGGGCGCCCUGGGUUUGAUCUUAUGUAGCAUUCCCGUUUUCUUCAGAAUCCCCGGCCAGAUUACCCAGACCAUGGGAGAUCGUACUGAAAGUUUUGUUACGAAUAGGAGGAUGUUGCUUUCCUCUUCGGAUGCAUUCGGCCGUCUGAUGUUUUCUUACAAAGAGAUCUCUGAGUUAGCCGGACACACAGCCCGUGUUUCGUCAUUGCUGGAGGUCAUGGAUGACCUAUUGGCUGGACGUUUUGAAAAGAAGCUGGUUUCUUCCGCCUCGACCGAGGAGAAUGCAGCUGUCUUGUCCGGCCGGGGAGAGGUAGAGGAGGGCGACUCGAUCGAAUUUACCGACGUCCCGAUCGUGUCGCCAAACGGAGACGUUUUGGUGCGGAAACUGUCAUUCACCGUGCACCCCGGUGACCAUCUACUGAUCGUGGGUCCAAAUGGAUGUGGAAAGUCAUCUUUGUUUCGAAUUCUCGGUGGCCUGUGGCCUGUCUACGGAGGCAAAGUGAAGAAACCUCGCUUCGACGAAAUCUUCUAUAUUCCGCAACGACCAUAUCUAUCCCGCGGCACCCUUCGUCAGCAAGUAAUCUACCCAGACGGGCUUCGCGAAAUGCGCGCCAAAGGUAUUACCGACGACGAUCUCUAUGAUAUCCUCUCCAUCGUUGAAAUUGCAUCGGUCGUGGACCGUCCCGACGGUUGGGAUGCGGAGGAGGAAUGGCGCGACGUGCUCUCAGGCGGACUCCAACAGCGUAUCGCCAUGGCCAGACUCUUCUACCAUCGCCCGAAAUUUGCCAUUCUAGAUGAAUGCACCUCAUCGGUGACCCUUGAGAUCGAACGGGUCAUGUACGAGACCGCCAAGAAGCUAGGUACAACCCUGAUGACCGUCUCGCACCGCCGCAGUCUUUGGCAGUAUCACAAGAAGAUCUUGCAAUUCGACGGCCAAGGAGGCUACGUUUUCACCGGACUAGACUGGGAGCGAAGACUGAAACUUGAAGAUGAGAAAGAAGAGCUGGAUCUUCACCUCCGCGCCGUCCCAGAACUGCAAAAACGCGUGGCUGAACUGAGUGCUUCCUAA